AUGAUUGGCAUUUUACCUCCAGCAAUAGCCAAUGAUGCUAUACAUUAUGAAAUUCUCGUCGGCAUAAGUAGUGUACUCUUUUCGCGGUCAAAUCAACAUUUUACACAAAGAUACGAUCUCAGCUACAAAAUGAAAUCAAGACCGCUUAUGUCUUGGAUUUGUUUCUCUGUUUCAGUUUUUGUCGGAUUCGUUGUAUCGUCGAAAGCUCUGUGUCCUCAAARUCUUACAUCCAAGUUUUUCUGGCAUCCAUAUGAAUACCAAAUGCAGGCGAGCGAAAAAAAUGGAACUGUAACUGGAAAGCUGAGAGGUUUUCUAGAAGAAUCCAUGAAAUCUUGUUGCCGGAAAAUGACGGUUCCAAACUACAUCAAAAUCCUGAAUAAAGACCCGAAAAACAUGGAAAAUCUUAUAAGGAAAGAUCAAAUGAGUAAGGAAUUGAAAAUGUAUUUUCCGGUGUUCGGGAAUCGAGAAAGUCUGGUUCGCUACGAGAGGCCUUUCAUCGGGUUGUACGACUCCCCAGGAAUCGUGGUUUUCGUUCCCGCCAAAAAUGAGAGAAUGUGGAAUGGGUUCCUCGCUGUUGGAACACAACUUUGGCAAGUCAUUACUCUAGCAUUUCUACUUGCUGCUAUAUCUGGAAUCCUUGUAUGGUUUCUGGACCGCAAAGCAAAUAAUGGAGAUUUCCCGAAAGACUUUCAUCACGGAUCUUGCGCGGGACUUUGGUGGGCGUUCGUUACCAUGUCGACCGUUGGUUAUGGAGACUUGGUGCCAAAGACAUUUUUAAGCCGAAUCGUGUCAGUUUUGUGGAUGGUUGUAGGAUAUUUGACCCUAGCGAUGUUCCAUGCGAACCUCACAGCUCUUAUUACAAGCAAAGAAAUCCCAGUAGAAAUUAGCCUUGUGGGG